AUGUUCAAAGCCGAUGGCAAUUAUGACCAGGCCAUGGAGCUCUAUAGGCGCAGUUGGGAAACAAACACAAUUCCAGCGGUCGUACUUCACACCGGUGUUAUUGGAGACUGUCUCGAGGCUGGCAAUACCGAGUGUGCUCUGAAGGCUUAUCGGACCAUGUUAGUUACUGGGGUUGCCCCAAACUCCUAUACAUACACUGUUUUAAUUAAGGGACUCACUACUGACCCCAAUUUCUGUGGGGAUGCCAAGAGGUGCUUGCUUGAGAUGAUGGAGAGGGGGAUGAGAUCCAAUGCUGCUACAUACACUACGGUGAUUGAGGGAUUUGCGAAGCAGGAGGACAAGGUAGCUGAGGAGGAGGGCAAACAGUUGGUGGAGGUGAUGAUGGGCAACGGGUUUGUGCCAAAUGCAAAGGCCAUGAUGGAGGUUUUGAAGGGUGAUUGA